AUACAUGUCUUUGUUUCUAAAUUUCAGGCCAGCUGACACAUUCUCAAAUUCAGACCACUUGUCAAAUACAGGAAAAUGCCAAAGGAAAAGAUCCAUAUCAACAUUGUCGUCAUUGGACAUGUCGACUCUGGCAAAUCAACCUCAACUGGUCAUCUUAUCUACAAGUGUGGAGGGAUUGACAAGAGAGCCAUUGAAAAGUUCGAGAAAGAAGCAGCAGAGAUGGGCAAGGGAUCUUUCAAAUAUGCCUGGGUAUUGGACAAGCUGAAAGCCGAGCGAGAACGUGGUAUUACCAUUGACAUUGCUUUAUGGAAAUUUGAGACAACUAAAUUUUAUGUGACUAUCAUUGAUGCCCCAGGACAUCGUGAUUUCAUCAAGAACAUGAUCACAGGAACGUCUCAGGCUGAUUGUGCUGUACUCAUUGUUGCUGCCGGUACUGGUGAAUUUGAAGCUGGUAUCUCAAAGAACGGGCAGACAAGAGAGCAUGCUCUCCUUGCCUACACUCUUGGCGUGAAGCAAAUGAUCAUUGGAGUAAACAAGAUGGACAACACCGAACCACCUUACAGCGAGGCACGAUUUAAGGAGAUUGUGAAAGAGGUGACUACUUACGUAAAGAAAGUAGGAUACAACCCCAAGGCUGUUGCAUUUUGUCCAAUUUCUGGUUGGCAUGGUGACAACAUGUUGGAGCCAUCUGAAAAUAUGCCAUGGUACAAAGGAUGGUCCGUUGAAAGAAAGGAAGGAAAUGCCAGUGGUAAAACACUCUUUGAAGCAUUGGAUGCUAUACUGCCACCAAAAAGGCCAACAGAGAAAGCUCUGCGCCUACCACUUCAAGAUGUUUACAAGAUUGGAGGUAUUGGAACUGUGCCAGUUGGUCGUGUUGAGACUGGUAUAAUAAAGCCAGGUAUGGUGGUUACUUUUGCUCCUACUGGUAUCACCACUGAGGUCAAGUCUGUGGAAAUGCACCACGAAGCCAUGACAGAAGCGCUCCCCGGAGAUAAUGUAGGGUUCAAUAUAAAGAAUGUGUCUGUGAAAGAAAUUCGUCGCGGUAACGUUGCUGGCGAUUCCAAAAAUGAUCCCCCCAAGGAAGCCAAGAGCUUCAAUGCACAGGUUAUUGUGCUCAACCAUCCUGGUCAAAUCAGGGCUGGCUAUUCUCCAGUAUUGGAUUGCCAUACUGCUCACAUUGCUUGCAAGUUUGCAGAGCUGUUGGAAAAAUGUGAUCGCCGUUCUGGAAAGAAGCUUGAAGAUAACCCACAAUCUGUAAAGAGUGGUGAUUCAGCUAUUGUUAAACUUGUUCCCAGCAAACCAAUGUGUGUUGAAGCAUUUGCUGAUUAUGCUCCCCUUGGACGUUUUGCUGUCAGAGAUAUGAAGCAGACUGUUGCUGUUGGCGUCAUAAAAGGUGUUGAAAAAGCCGAGGGAAAACAAAAAGUGACCAAGUCUGCACAAAAGGCUGGCAAGAAAAAGUGAUGUCUUGCUGAAUGUAAUCUCCAUUUACAGAAAAUGGAUCUCUGCACACUUGCAAUUCUAAUGCCAUGUUCCAAUGCCUCCACGAACUCUAUAAUAAAUAAAAUAAACUUAAGAAAGUGGCUCUCCAUAAAAAGUCACAGGAAAUUUUUCAGAAGAAAAAAACAUUUAAAUAGAUGCAAUGCCUCUAUUAAUUUUUUUUAGAUUUUCAUUUAUACUAGAACUUCAGUUUAAAAAAAAAACAACCAGAUUUUUAACCCAUAAGAAAUCACUUUAUUUCAUAAGUCUUGUCUGUGUUCCAUGUAAAGUUGGCAGUAACAAUAAAGUAAAUUCAAUAUUGAAAAUGUGUACUGCACUCAAAA